UAUUACAACAACGUCACGGCUUGUUGAGUUUCCGUGUAUGUUUAUUUAGCUUAACAAUGUGGGGGGAAAUGUGGAAAAGCACGCCGGGCUGGUUAGCAGAGGAGCCGGGUAGCUUAGGGGAGGUCAGCGCGGACACUGAGCCGAGGAGAGAAACCCUAAGAAGAGAGGAGUACUAACAGCCGCCUUCAAAAAUGGCGUCUCUGGAUCAAAAUGAGUAAAGAUACAUAUGACAAAAAAACGCGGCCUGCUUUCUUUAGGAUGAUUUUUAUCAGUCUUGUCGCGGUUUUUGUGUGUGAAUGUUUCAUUUGAAUACAAUAAGAAGGCCUAAACACUGGAAACCGAGUGAAAUAGAGGCGCUUUUAUUUGUAUGCGUCGUUGCUGACAGCUAGCAUCUGCUGCUAGCAUGCUAAAAGAGGAGGAGGGGUGUUAGCAGUGGUAAUGGCGCUCGCUAUUUACAUGCAAAGGACAAACUUGUAAAUUAGGGAUUUCUCCGCCGGGGGUGUGUAUGUAUGUAUGUGUGUGUAUGCGUGUGUGUGUUGGGAGAAUCGCUUGGCCGUCUCUGUGCGUUGCAAUAUUUUCUCGGCGCUAGCAGCGUAGCCAAAACUAGCCUUAAAGAAAGGGGAGGAGGCACCAAAAGAGAGGAGAGGAGAAAAAAGGGGACGCGUUCAAAAUCAAAUGUUUAUCAGCAAUUCAGGCAUUGGCGGCCAAAUCCGAGACAUCUUCACCAUGAACCGUACUGGAUUUGGACUACCUUCGUGGGAAUGAUAAAAAAGGAGGAACAUGAGGAAGAGUGUGUUUUAUCGAGGUGCUUGGAUUAUAACCCUGUAAACCCCCCUCUUUUUUCAUCCAGCUUUCUCCUCCUCCCCUCCAUUUCUCUUUCAAUAUGCUGUUUUCCACUCCUGAGGACUUGCUUAUGAAACUGGGGAAAAUAGCCUGAAACCGAGCACACGGGAAAUACUGGGUUGUCCUCCCCUCGCGACGACGCGUUCACUCCCCGCAUCGCACACGGUUGUACCCCACAUAGAUGGAUAGAAAUUACCCGGGAACAGGGUUCGGCGAUUUGGGCGCUGGAGCAGGAUGGAGUUACGAGAGAUCGGCCAAAGCAAGUCUUGUCUAUGGGAGUUCCAGAUCAUCCCACCCUGAAUCGGAACUCCUUCACCGCCAAGCCUACGCCACCCCACACCCUCUGCAGGGCUAUGCCACCAAUCACCACCCUGGGAGCUCUGGCCAAGGCGGGGCUUGGGGAGCAGCUGGACGGAGUUUGGGUCUGUCGGGGCUGUUUGACACCGGCCUGCACCACGCCAGCCCCUCGGCCCCCGACGCCUCUGUCAUGAAUCUGAUUUCAGCACUGGAGUCUCGAGGUCCCCAGGCUCCUCCCUCCGCCUCCUCGCUACUCUCCCAGUUCCGCACACCGUCCUGGCAGACAGCGAUGCACACACCUGCUCCUCCAGAAUUAUUCAUUUCUGGAGCACUUCCUGGCUCUGGCUCCUUCCCCUCCUCCUCCGCCCUCUCAGCCUAUCAACACCCAGCAUCCUUUUCCAGCCGUUCCUUCCCCGGUGCCUCCCUUUCCCUCCAGGAUACGCCCACGUUUAGCCCCACAUCCAAUGGUCUACUCUCCCCACAUGACCCCUUGCUGCACAUCAAGGCUCCUUCCCAGUCUAGUUUGGGUUUUGAUAGACUCCUGUCCUCACAGGGGGCUGCAGCAGCUGCCUACAGGGGCAGCCAAGACCCUACGGGUGCCACAUCAGCUCAGGCAUCCUCUGCCCGGCACCUGCAGCCUCACCAGUUCAACUUGCUUUCAUCACAGCUCCAGGAUCAGUCAUCGCAGCUGUAUAACGCCUCAGUAUUCUCCUCAGCCCAGUCCCAAGCUCAGUCCCAGUCCCAGUCCAAUUCGGUUCAGGAGCGGGCAGUGCCCAGACAGGACAGCGUCAUCAAGCACUACCAGCGGCCCACGCCGGCACAGCCGCAACUCUCGUCGUCUGCUGCCCACUCCUUGCAGCACUACCUCAGCUGUGGAGGGGCGGGGUACCAACAGAUCGCCACCCAUCACAGGCACGCUGGACUGUCUUGCAGCCCACUGGGGGACCAGAGCCCCUCAUCUGACCACAAGGCCUCCUCUCGUACAGAGCAAUACCGGCCAAUCAUUCAGCCCCCGUAUUCUUCAUCAACCUCCUCCUCCUCUUCCUCUAACGGGAAAGGCACCAAAAGCAGCUCCAGCAGUGGCUACUCAUCUGCCAGUUCAGCAUCAUCCUCAAGAACCCCUCUCACACCCCCUUCUGCAUCCUCUACUUCCUCAUCGUCCUCAUCUUCUUCUGCCACCCCUGGCGCCCACCCUUCUAACUCAAUUCCCACCUCCAGUUCAAGUGCGGCCCCCUCCAGACAGCAACCACCCCCUCAACCGGCUCCACCUCCCCCGGCCCCUCAGCAGCAACAGCCCCCUCCCACCACCACCUCAACACCUCAGUCACUCCCCAAAUCCUGCUUGUCAGGCUACGGUUCUCCCGUGCCCCCUGUGAAGACCCCCACCUCCGCUCUUACAGGUCAAACCCCACCCCAACAGCAGACUCAGUCAUACUCCCCAAAUCAGCCCCCAACUUCUCACCUGGCUCAAUCUUAUGGAGGAUUCAGUUCCCCACAAGCCCAGGACCUGAGCUCAAGUUCUGGAGCAAAAGGUUAUGGAAGCUUAGGAGGGCGGAGUCAGUCUUAUUCCACUGACAUAUAUGGAGCUGAUUCUGCUUACGGAUCACUUCCGUCUUCUCUGGGUGGAGCUGGAAGCCCAUCACUAGGCUACGGUGCCCCAGGCCAUUCCCCUGCGCUUUUAAGGUCCAGUGGUUCAUCAGGUAGUGGGGCAUCUGGGGCAGGAAGCAGCAGUGGUGCUGCGAGUGGAAACUCUGGGUCAAGUGGAGGAGCAGGAAACGGCAUGACCAGUGAGAGAGGUGGGGGAGGUAGUGGUGGAGGGUCUUAUCAUAUUCCAGACUCUAGUCCCUCCCCAUCUGGAAACUCGGGCAUCAUCCGCCCAGGGUUGCACUCCCCAGUGCCUGCAUGUCCCACGCAAUCUCCUGGAGGUGCUGGUUCUAAUAAAUACAUCUCGUCCGUCCUCUCCCCGACCUUCCUAAGCUCCCCACAGGGCUACCCCGACACCAGAGCUCCCAGCUCCCAACCUCAGUCCUAUCACCCCCCCUCCUCCAAAACAAAGGCUGACACUUCAAUGCUUGGAGUUGGUUCUCAGAGAUCCCAAGAGGAAGUAGACGAUGACGAUGAGUUCUUGAUUCAGCACCUGCUGCAGGCGCAAGCGAGUCCUGCUCCCCAGGCUUCUCACCACCACCCCCAACAACAGCCCCAACAGACAUCCCAGCAAACGCAGCCACAGCCUCAGUCUGCACCACCGACAACCGAUGCAGGCAAAGGCCUCAGCUACGACAUGGCAAAAUCCUCGGAGGAAAGGUACCACCCACAGAGUGUCAUACGCACCCACAGCGCCACAUCCUCUGCUGGAGUCGGUAAUGCAGCUUCUGCAGGAUCUAUCUCCGGGCUGGAGGGUCAGCUGGAGAUGUCAUUGAAGAAACAACAGCAACAUCAACAACAACAUCAUCACCAACAGCAGCAAAGGAAUGAGAGGCCUGUCGGGAGCAGCAGGAGUAGCGGAGGCCGAGGCAGUGGCGAACAAGUGCACUCCCACCUUCUUCACCAUGACAACCUAGGCUCAGUUGUCCACUAUGGCCGCGGGGAUCCUUACACGCAACACUCCCUGGCCCCCCAACACUCCUCCCAUAAUCAACAUGUGUCUUCACAUUCGCAGAUACCACCCCACUCCCAGAUGGAGCUACAGAAGAAAGAGCGUUCCGAAAUCCCUUAUCCUCGGAAAACGCCAGAAAUCCAGCCGCAGCAUUCCCAACCUCAAACCGGCGCAUCUCUUAUGGAUUCCCCCACGGAUCAGUCCCACCAGCCGCCCCACCUCCUCCAGUCCGUGCUGUCUCACACAACCCGCAACAAACUGGAGCCUCAUCCACAGCACCACAAGAUGGACACGCACCAACAGCAUCAACAACAACACCACAAGAUGGACGCGCACCGGCAACACCAACAGCACCAUAAAAUGGACUCCCACCCAUCACAUCAGCAACACCCUAAAAUGGACUCCCACUCUCAGCAUCAGCAGCACCACAAGAUGGACUCGCAUCAGCAGCACCACAAGAUUGACUCUCAUCCCCAACAACAGCAGCACUCCAUUAGCCAACAGCAAGCUGUGAUGGAGAGCGCUGGUGGGCGACUUGGUUCAAAUAAGCAUCAAACUCAAGCUCAGUCCCAAACGACUCAGCUCCAACUUCAACUUCAGUCACAAGCUUUAGAGGUGGCAGCCGCUCAUUAUAACCACGGACCGUCUUCACAUCAACACGAACAGGGCCAGGUUAAACAAAGCUCAGUGGUUUCUUCGUUAGACAUGCUGGAGCGUUCUCUUUCACAAACAUCCAGCACGGACGUCGUCAUUGCCGAGGAUAGACGCGGCGGCGUCGGUAGUGGGGGACGUAGCGCAGGAAGUAGCGAGCGUCACAGACAACAGCAGGAGCAGCAGCAGAGGCAGCACCCGUCUCACCAUCACCCGCCGCCACACUCGGCCUCAGAACUCCACUCUUUCCUAUCCGAGCCAGAAAUCGGCAUGCCCACCCCUUCCCACAUGCACCACCUUUCACAGCACCACCCACAGCAGCAACAGCAGCACCCCAACUCUCAACACCAACAAGCCCACCCGCACCACCCUCACGCCCAGCAGCAGACCCCGCACCCUCACCAUAUACCCCCUCCCUCUGCCCCAGCCCAUCCCCAGUCGCAGUCUGAUCCGCAGCAGCCUCUCCCGUCCCAACUCACCCCCCAGCAGAGCCAGCUAGACCAGCAGCGCUCAGAACAGCACCAGUUUGACACAGUCAGCCCAGUGGAGAAAGGAGACCAGAACCAACAAAGUAAUCGCUUUGUUCCUCUCACAUCCAUCUGCUUCCCUGACUCCCUUCUCCAAGAUGAGGACCGCUCCUUUUUCCCAGGCAUGGAAGACAUGUUUUGUGCAGAGGACUACAAAUCAAGCUGUGCUGGUGGUGCAGGACCGGGUCAGGAGGAGAUGAAUGAAAGCCACACUGUGCAGGAAGGUAUGGGGUCCAUGAAAGCUGGACAGAGUGGAGGUGGACCCGGGGGAGGUAGUGGAGCUGGAUAUGAUAUGAUGGGUCAUCAUGGAGAUCAAGGUUAUGAGCCGUAUUGUCAUAGCCUGGAAGAGCCUAGCAACAACACAAUGACUCUGGAUCUGGACUCCCUUAAAACCCACGAACUGCCCUCCACUGUUAACACUGAACAACUGGGUUUAAUCCAGUCCCAGGGACCGCCUAUGGGUAUGGGCCCUAAUAGCGCUGGAUCUAACACUCCUGGUGCAAAGAUGUCAUCUGGGCCUGGAGGAGCCAGCACAGGAGCAGGUUCUGGGGGCCUUCAGUCUCCGAUUUUCUGCUCAUCUCGUCCGAAAAAGCUCCUCAAGUCAAGUUCGUUCCAUCUCUUAAAAGAACGCAGAGACCCUAACACACUGCCAAAGAAAAGUUACGCUCAAGAGUAUGAAUUUGAAGAUGAUGAGGAUAAAGCUGACCAGCCAGCUGAUAUUAGGUUGAACAGUCGCAGGCUUCCUGACCUUCUUCCAGACUUGGUGUCCAGCUGCAGGAAAGGAGGAGGCAGUGGCUCUCUCAGCCCUCUAAUGGGCGACAUUGACUUCUACCACUCGUCUGGCUACCCAUCAAUAGGCGCACACUCUCUGCUGCCUCAGGAUGGCCCUAAGAAGAGAGGCCGGAAGCCUACUAGGCCGAAGAGGGAGGGUCCUCCGCGGCCCAGAGGAAGGCCUCGCAUCCGCCCCAUGCCUGAGCCCUACACACCACGAGGAAUGAUGGGAGAAAUUGCAGGAACAGUAGGCGGCGGAGGGGGAUUCAGUGUGGAGGGGCGAGGUAGGGGCAGGGGCCGCGGGAGCCGAGGAAGAGGAGGUCGGAGAGAAGAUAUGUACAUGGAAAUGAGUGGGAAGGAGCAGGAGCAGCUGCAUCACCAUCACCAUCAGCAGCAGCUCCAUCACCAACCUCAACAGCAUGAACCUAUCCCACCUCUGAAGAUCAAGUUGCCAAUUCCCAUGUCCUCCUCCGAUGCCUUGCUGAGGACAGACUCUCUGUCCGGCACAGACCCCGCUUUGUCUGAUGGCUCAGUGGGCUCAGCACCCUCACUUGGGCUCAGUCCUGGUCCAUGCAGCACUGAGAGCACCAGGACACAGGACAAAAACAAGCAGAAAAGCCAGAUGAUGAAUGAAGGAGUAGAUGGGGACGGUCUGGAGGAAAGGGGUGAUGAGAAGGAUUCUGAAUCCAAGGCUGGCUUAGUCGCUUCUUUCUUAGACUUCCUCAAGACCGGGAAGAGACCCCCGGGAUUGGAUAUUUCCCCCGGAAUGGAACCUGACAACGGUGAAACCUCCCCUUGCAAAUCAGGGGGUCUGCGCCCGUUAUCUCCAGCACCUCCUCCACCCCCGCCACCACCACCAUUUGGGGACAGUGAAGGGAACGGCGGUCUGGCCCUGGGCAGCUGCCCCAGCCCUAAGCGCUUGGAGGAUGAGUUGAAGAGGAACCUCGAGACCUUGCCAUCGUUCUCCUCUGAUGAGGAGGACUCUGUUGGAAAGAAUCAGGACCUCCAGAAAAGCAUCUCCUCAGCCAUCUCCGCCCUGUACGACACCCCUCAGCUGACAGCUAACAUCCAUCCGCCGUUAGCGCCUUCUCCGCCGCCUCAGCUACAAGCUUCUCAGUCCCCUCUAACACCCACAUUGCAGCCCCCGACCCUUAGCCCUCAGCCUGCUAUGCAUACGCCCCAUGCACAACUCCAGCCGGAUGAACCUGGCAUCCUCCAGUCUGAGGAAGAAAACAUGGAUGAGAGCAAGGAUGAAGAAGAGAGGAGCACCAGAGGGGAUGAGCAGAGCGAUAUGAUGGAGGAGAGCGAGCCUCAGUUGGAGACUAUUGGCGCUCCGAAGCUUGAACUGUCCCUCCCGGAGAUUCCUCCUGCAGCGGCAACCCCCGAACCUCCCUCCGCCCCACCCUCCCCUGCCUCCUCCUCCUCCUCAUCUCCCUCUCCUUCCCCCCUUCCUCCUCUCUCACUGCCCUCACCUCCUCCUCCUCCACCGCCACCCGAGGAACAACGGGAAAACUCCAAACCGCCGAGUCCCUUUGCUGCCAAAUCUCCGACUCAUCCACCUCCCCUCACCGCUACUCUCCCUCCGCCUGCAACUCCUCCUCCUCCUCCUUCUGCGACUUCCCCUCCUCCUCUUCCUCCUGCUCAAGCUUCUCCACAGAAGGAGUCUCCCACACCUUCCCCGGAGUCUGCUGCCUCUCCCGAAGAAGAGCGACCACCUCCGAAGAUCACCUCCUUGCACCUGGCUCAGAAGCAAGAGGACGCAGCCAUCGCUGGAGAGAGUGAGGAGGAUGAGAGCGAGAGCGGCGGGGAGGGCAUCUUCAGAGAGAGGGAUGAGUUUGUGGUGCGGGUGGAGGACAUUCGAACACUCAAGUUGGCCCUGCAGACAGGCCGGGAGCCUCCACCCAUCUGGAGGGUGCAGAAAGCCCUGUUACAGAAGUUCAGCCCAGAGAUCAAAGACGGACAAAGACAGUUCUGCGCCACAAGCAACUAUCUGGGCUACUUUGGUGAUGCCAAAAGACGUUACCAGCGCAUCUAUGUCAAGUUUUUGGAGAACGUCAACAAGAAGGACUACGUCAGAGUCUGCUCUCGAAGGCCGUGGCGCCGAGCCACUCCUGCUCUCAGGCGCCAGUCCUUCCCCAGAAUGGCUUCCCCUCCCUCAAACCAAGCACCACCAAAAGAGGAGAGAUUGACUCCCCCCAACCUGCGGGAUAAGGAGCUGAAGGAGAAAACAAGAACGAGCACGCCGCCGGCGAAGGAACAACGGGAGAAAAAGGAGUCCCCAGCUGCGGUGGCCAAGGCCAAGGAGAAAGAGCGUGAGGCGGAUAAAGACAAGGACAAGCGGGUGCAGCCGUCUCAGGAGAAAGCGGAGAAACGCACAGCAGAUCGCGGGAGAGCAAAGGACGAGAGGAAAGCAUUGGAGAGGAAGGAGAAACCCGAGCGACCACCAAAAUCCAAAGCAGCCAAGGUGAAGGCGGAACCACCUCCUAAGAAGAGGAAGAAGUGGCUGAAGGAAGCUCCAUCUUCUUCUGACUCAGACUCAUCGGAUGAAGCCGCUAGUGAAAAUGAAAUGCCCGUGAAAGGGGGCGUGAACAAUCGAGCCAUGAGGGAAAUGUUCCGCAGCUACGUGGAAAUGCUUGUCAGCACAGCCCUGGACCCCGACAUGAUCCAAGCCUUGGAAGACACAGAUGAUGAGCUUUACCUCCCCCCCAUGAGGAAGAUCGACAGCAUCCUGAGUGAACAGAAGCGGAGGUUGUUGAGGAGAGUCAGCAUGAGCUCUCAGCAUCAGGAGGUUCUGCAUGCAUACCCCCAGAUCAUUGUAGACCCCUUGGACUUGGGAGUGGUGAGGGUGCGGCUUAGUGGCGACGCCUACAACCGCAAGACUCUCAACAGAGUCAAGAAAAGCCUGCCUAAACCACAGGACCUUAAACUGUCAUCUGAGUCAUAUCGAAUCUACAGUCUGUACCACUCCCUCCACCAUUAUAAAUACCACACCUUCCUACAGUGUAAGAAAGAGACCAACACCAUCGAGCAGGCGGCUGAGGACCCGGGCCAGGAGGAAGUGGUGCAGCAGUGCAUGGCCAACCAGAGCUGGCUGGACACGCUCUUCGGCUCCUUCAUCGAGCUGCUCACGCUCAGCACCAAAGCCUGAGAGAACAGCCCGGAGGGAUUGGAUUAAUUAAAGUCGGAUAUGAAAAGGAAAAGAAUAAUGGACCCCACUGUACAGCCCCCCCACCUCAACAUCCCCACAACCAACUUUCCUCAUAUCUCAAAGACGUGAGGAUGUGUUUUCAAGGCCCUUGAUGAACUCAAGGAUGUCAGAACAAUGCCCUCUUGUUUUCCUUCUUGAACAGUGACUAAAGAAAUGUGUUGCUUUGUGAGGAGUGGGACUCCACCGGAUUAGGAGUCACUUGGGGGGUCAAGGAUUCUGACCGGGUGGCGGUCGAGAUGGGAAAACGAGGAGCCGCGCCGCCACUAACAUCUCGUUAUUCAGACAAUAUCUCAGAGAGAAACUAUUACUGCUUAGUUUUUACAUAAAUUAUUUUUUUGAAAAGACUAACAUCAGCUGUUGGCUUUGGGAAAAAAAGACUGGAAGAGGGCGAGAAUGCUUUUUAAAGUGCGAGUGGAGCGUGCGGUGAGCAGCGUGAACAUGGACUCUUACCAUUAGAUGUGUUAAUAAAUGGUCUCUCUCUCUUCUCAUUCUGUGCUACAAGGGCAGCACGACUCAGCCGUGUGAUAAUAUAUAAACACAUUUUUAUUAUUUAUAUGAGGAGGUUUUUAACUUAACAAGCGCUGGAUUGCUGCCCUAACAUUUUAAAUACGUACUUUUUAUCGUCCACAGGUUCAGUAUACAAUCGUGACCCACAUAUCCAAGCCGUCUUCCCCUCUAUACUUACCAAUGGACACCAAGACUGACAUCAUGUAUGAAAUACAGUGGGUGUAAAAUAGUCAUAAAAAGGAGAAAAAAGAACAGGAAAAAAGAAAGUGGGGGAAGUGUAUUUGAAACUUUACAUUGUUGUGCUUCAAUUCAAUCAUCUCUCAUUGCAGGUGCAAAGAAAAAAGUCAAUUUCCAGAGCGGGAAGGAGCAGUAUAAAUAGGUAUUAUUUAAAGAGGAAAUAGUCAUGUCAUUUUUAUCAUUUUGAUGUAUGUGCAUACUUAUUUUGAAAACAAUCUAAUUUUCCAUACAAACGGGAAAAGAUGUGUAAAUAUUGUACAGUUCUUGAUGAUAUUCUUUGUCCUUCUGUACAUUAACUCUCCUGUAUUUGAGAAACAAAUAAAACCUGCAAAGAUCAAUCCGUGUUUCGUU